AUGACUUUUUUGGAACAAUAUACAUCCUCGCCCUCUCCCCCCAUUCUCUCUCCAUCCCAGCCCUCGUCUCGCCCCUCGACGUCCCAAUGGUAUCAUGAUCAGAUCUUGCGAGAGCUACCAUUUAUAUCAGGAGCCUCACGAAGUCGAUCGGGCAGCCCUUCAAGGUCUCGAAACAACACUGGAACCCAGACUCCCAAGCGUCUGUCAGUACUUGGCCAGCGCUCUCGAAGUGACACUGCCAAUUCCUCCAAUCUAUCCCCUGCCUCGUCUAUGACAUCGUCGAAACGAUCCUCUCACGACGGCAGCAAGGGGGUCUUUGAUUUCGUCCUGCCGCUAGAAAAAGAAGAGAGCUCGAGCAAAUCUUUCUUCUCCCGCGGUAAUCGCAUUCUCAGACGCCAGGGAAGCAAGUUUAGCCUCUUGGACACUCUCACUUUGGACGAGGAGGAAGAAAUGUCUAGCGAUCAGGUCUGGUACGGUGAGAAGGUGAAGCCGCGGCGCGAGAAACCUGCUGUUCUUCGUCGUAUCAAUCGACAGAGGAAUCAUUCCAGCCAUACCAAACUCAAAAGCAGCAUCUCGGAGCCCUUUCACUUCCAACACAUUACUCACACUAGCCGCGGCCAGUUACCACCAAUUGCUCACACUCAUCCUCAUGAUCUCGCUACCGAAUUCUCCAUCAUCCGCGCCUCUCAACGACCAAAUUCUGAGCUUAAGGGCAUACAUGCUCAGAACCUCUCAUAUCGACCAUACACAGCCGAGGAGGAGUCAGACUGGACUCUUGACACCCUCGCUCCCGAUGCUCCAUCUCUCUUUACUCGCAGUCCCCCCAGAUCGCCGAGAGCCACGAUGACGACAGUCACCUCGCCCGAACUCCGACAGUUGAGAGCACCUCGCUCAGUCGAAAAUUUCUCUCGACCGGUUUCCAGAAUUGUACGACAGCCAUUCUCACCUCCCAUGAUUCCACCGCCUAGGAGAUCGUCAAGGAUGGCAAUGAGUCCCAAAUCUGGCGGUCAAAGAAUCGACCCGUCGGAGGAGCUUAUGGGGCUGAAUGGGCUGUCCUUAUCUCCAGUGGAGGAUGGACCGAUUAACGCUGUCGUUGGAUAUGCUGUGUCGCCGCCGGAGCAAGGCCCUGUCGCAGAACCGAUCGAAGAGAUAGGACGUGCAUUUAGCCCUGACGAAAAUAACGCUCCCUCCACCAACCUCUCUCCGCUCGUCCAGCCCAGUGGAGUCAACGAACGUGAUGAACCACAGAGCAACCAUGUCAUAGCUUUCGACCCAGCUCCAUAUAACGCGCAUAUGGAACCUGAGCUUGUCGAGAUACCCUCUGAGCUCAAGAAACCAGCUCUACACCUGAGCCCACUCAAAGAAACCCGAUUUGAAUACGAAGAUUUGCAUUCUCCCAUCCUUCCAUCCGAGCAACCACGCAAGCUAUUACCACCUGUUGAACCAAAGAGUCCCGCUGGAACUGUUGGGAUGCAUGCCUCUAACGAUUCCUGGGAAGCCGAUAUCGACUACUGCUAUGAGCAUGCUGCCGAAUCGAACUCGAAUUUCGAUUGGAACCGUAAAUCGGCUGAGGAGAGUCGAGACCGGGAAUGCUCGCAUCUCGGAAAGAGCGAAACCUCAGGUUGUUUCAAGCCCAACACCAGUUCGUUUUAUCUCCACCCCUUGGACACAACCACGCCAGGCCAGACCACGCCAGAGCUGCAGCCAUCGUCCGGAACCUCGGCUUCAACAAGAGCUGAAAGUGAUGCUGCCAGCCCAGCUAUUUUUAAUCACUCCUUCGGAACGUUUCCGUCCACCGCUGAGUCGAUGGACAAGAAGCCCAGGACGACCGACAUUCAAGUUUUGGAGACUCAUUUCGAGGAUGUGUCACAUGACUCUCUUUAUAGUCACGUGAUAUCUGAUAUCAACGAAGACGACGAGUAUCACAUCGACGAGCCAGCGUACACUCGCACCGGUUCCUCUCCUCUUAGCAAGUGCAAUUCCCAAGAGAGCAUGAUAUUGUCUCGCGCUGCCUCCAUCGUCCGGAAACACCGCUCUUCCACCUCAACCAACAGCGUUCCAGACCUUAUCCACAGCCCCAACUGCAGUCGCGAGAUGGUCGAUCGUGAGGCCCCAACUAGCCCACUGGCUGAGAGACCGGCACUGCCUACCUAUUCUCGACCCCUUCCAAUUGGCCGCGAAGGAAUGCCCAGGAUGCCAUUCGCUUCUUUCUCGGGCAUCGAAUCUGCCUCCAACCCUUCCGUCUCGAUGCAUGACCGCUCUAAGUCUGCAUCUGUACUCGACUCUGCCGACUGUUCGCUCGUCAGAACUAGCCAGGUGAACCGGAAACGCGCUUCAACUUUGAGCCGUGGCGUUCGCAAGAACCGACCCUCAUACUCGCUCUUUCCUGUUACCGGGCCAGCUACUUCCCCCAAAGUUAGCUGA